ACAUUUAAAGAAAUUUCAUCAAGUGGUUGGACAAGAAAAAAUGAUAAAACAUUUAAUCAGACAACUGAAAGAAUAGAAGGAUUGAAUAAUGCAAAAAAGCAAACUGAUUAUGAGAAUAACUAUUAUACAACUUAUCAUCACCAGAACUUAUUAUCAUCAGGUAACUUUAACACAAUUUAUCAUCAUCAGACCUGUACAGGUCGGGUAUUGGGACAUUUACGAAAUGGAACAAUCAUAUCAGUAGCACGAAAAUGUGAAGAGUUAGAUUGUGAUGGCACAAAUGUUAGACUUUCAGGAGAUCAUAUUCUAGAAAUUAUCUUCUUGAAAAAUAUCACUGGACGCUUUAGAAAUUAUGGCAAUUAUUGUGUUUCAAAGAAAUCAAUAGGUGAAAUCAAAUCUGGUCAUACAGUGUUUCAAGCAAAUAGACUUUCAUAUGCUCGUCGAUUUUACAAUGAAUCAAUCCGUAAAAAUAUCCGUUAUCGUGAAUAUCGUCAACCAAAUAAUAGACGAGAAAAGCAAAUAGCGCAAUCGAUGAAGCCAAUAAUGGUGGAUGGAACUGCAACAGGAUUGUAG